AAACAUUUAUUCACUCUGGUCGCGCUCUGUCCUCGGAUUAGUUCCGUUUUACUUUGUCCAAGAGGACACUGUGGAGCCCUCGGUAUUGAACUGAGGACGAUUUAAACAGAUUAAAUAACCGCAGCGAGCACUUCUCCUCAAUUUACCAGCCAUCCGCUGAAAAACACGACUAAACAUCAAAACCGUCCUCAUCGCUCACACGCCAUUCUCCAGCGCACACCUUCUGAACAACUCGUUCUGAAACGUAACGUCCAUAAAACAGUGUAAAAACCCGCACCAAAGCAUUCCUCUCCACAUCUUAUUAACCGCAUCGACUCGAUAUACCCGUUUCGCGCUUGCGGAUGAAUACGUCAACGAUACACGCCACGGAGCUCAACAAGGCGACGUAAGAACCGCACAGAGGGGUGGCGGGGGGGGAGCCGAGCUCGCUGCGACGGAUACACAACGCUUUCUGUAGAUAUCAAGCCCACGGAGGAAAUCUAUUCGAUAUUAAAAGACAGAAAGCGGUGUAUUUAAUAGCUAGCGCAGAGGUGUCAUCCGGCCGCCGACGAAGAAGAAGAAAAGAAAAAAAACCACGAAGAAGAAGAAGUGAGCGCGCGCGCGAGAGAGAGCGAGCUUCGUGUCUUUUUCAAGCGGCCUCCAUUUUGUCUCCUCGCCCAGGCUGUGCCUCACGUGUCCCGGACUUGUCUCUCUCACAUGACCCUCGUGUUUGUCCCCGUGAUCAGCGCCGCCGUCUCCGCGUUUCAAGUGUUGCCGAAUAUCGCGUUUAAAAAAAAAAGAGAGAGAAUCGCUCACCUUCAUGGAUAUGCUCGAACAGAGCCUGGACGCUCAGACGAGUCACGAGAAACAGGAAACUGAGGAGGUUGUUCAAUUGCAGGAAGGAGACGGAGUGGGGGCGGAGGAACCAGCAGCGGUUACCAUAGCAAGCGCGCAGCAAGCCGCAGUAUUUGCUGACAAUGUCCAGUACCAGUUCCGUACAGAAAACAGCAGUGGGCAGGUGACGUAUCGUGUCGUCCAGGUAACAGAAGACCAAUUGGAAACAGCUGGAGAUGGAGGAGCUGCGGUCAGUGUCGUGUCGACUGCAGCUUUUGCUGGAGCCCCGCAGGCAGUCGCACAGGCUGUUAUCCAGAACCCUUUCAGUAAUGGAGGCAGUCCGGGAGGUGAGACGGUUGGGGGUGAGACACGUUUCGCUUACUUCCCGGCUGCUACUGUCAGCGAUGGCACGGCAACUGCAGUUUCAGUGCAGGCAGCCACUGAUGCGACUCUUGCACCAGCAGCAGGUCAGUUUUACGUGAUGAUGAGUCCUCCAGAUGUGUUACAAACAGGCACACCACGGACCAUUGCCCCUCGCACACACACUUAUUCCACGAAGAUGGAUGGCCCAAGAGCACCACGUGAUGAGAGGAGGAGAGCGCAACACAAUGAAGUGGAAAGACGAAGAAGAGACAAAAUCAACAACUGGAUAGUUACACUGUCAAAAAUAAUCCCAGACUGCAACAUGGACAACACCAAAACUGGAGCGAGCAAAGGAGGGAUCCUGUCUAAAGCGUGUGAUUACAUUAGAGAGCUCAGGCAGAACAACCAGAGGCUGCAAGAGAGUUUCAAAGAGGUGGAGAGAAUACAGGUGGAUAAUGAGCUCUUAAGACAACAGAUUGAAGACCUGAAGAAUGACAAUGCACUGCUCAGAGCCCAACUCCAACAGCAUGGACUUGAAAUCAGUGGAGAAACCAUUUCACAGUGACAGUCUCACACAUAAUGGAAUACACACACCUCCACAAAAACCACCUCACAGACUUGAGAUGUUUGUUAACCUGAUAGAAUAAUAAUGGCUAUCUGACAUUAACAGAAGUUAUCAGAGAAACUAUUGAACAAUAGUUAAAAAGCACAUCUACUGUUCCACCUGUGAGAGCUUGACCUACACGGACGCGGCAACAAACUGAAACGCACCCCAGUAUGUGACGUAAAUGGGCUUGCAUUGGACUAACUUGUCAUAUAUAUAUUUUUUGUUUUUGAGUAAUGAUGAAUUUAAAUUCUCAACAAUGCCUCAUGAUCAUAUUUUGUUUAAAGCUGUGGUGGUUUUCCUGUUUUUCCCCCAAUGGUAUUUCUUUGUAAUUAUUACUGCUGUCUCCAGUAUGUUUUAUUGUUUUGUCUGCAUUAUUUAUUAGCUCACAGAGAAGUACAAAACAGGGAUGUCAAACCUUUGUUUUGAAGCUUGAAGAGGAUCAAGCCAGUUGUCUUUCACAUUUAAAAUGCCUUGCAGUUAAUUAGACAAUUUCCUUUGUUCCUGGGUCCAGUUAAGGCCUAGGUCUUUAAGCAAUUUCUAAGAUUAUGUUCAUCAGAUAUAUCAAAGCUGUGGCUGAGGUUUAGAUGUUCUUGGCUACUAUGAUUGUAGUAUAGAGUCAGAAUUUACUUCAACAAAUGAUGUAUAAACAGCUCAGGGUUGACAAAGGAAGUACUAUGGGAUAAGGACGAGAUACACCAAUCAGCAAUAACAUUAAAACCACUGAGAGGUGAUGUGAAUAACAUUGAUUAUCUUGUUACAGUUGCUCCCUUCAAAGGGUGGGAGAUGUUAGGUAGCAAGUGAACAGGCAGUUCUUGAAGUUGAUGUGUUGGAAGCUGGGAAUAUGGGCAAAUGUAAGGAUCUGAGCAACUUUGACAAGGAACGAACUGUGAUGGCUAAACAGCUGGGUCUGAGCAUCUCUAAAAUGGCACAUCUUGUGGGGUGUUCCUGGUAUGCGGUGCCUACCAAAAGUGGUCCAAAGAAGGACAACUGGUGAACCAGCGAGAGGGUCAUGGGCACCUGAGGCUCAUUGAUGCAUAUGGUGAGCAAAGGCUAGUCCGUCUGGUCUAAUCCCACAUAAGAGCUACUAUAGCACCAAUUGCUGAAACAGUAAAUGCUGGCUAUGAUAGGAUAGUGCACCCUGCCCAUAACUACAAAAAUUGUUCAGGAAUGAUUUGAGGAACAUGACAAAGAGUUCAAGGUGUUGACUUGGCUACCAAAUUCUCCAGCUCUGAAUCCGAUCAAGCAUCUGUGGGAUGUGCUGGACAAACAAGUCAGAUCCAUGGAAGCCCUACCUCACAACUUGGAGGACUUAAAAGGAUCUGCUGCUCACAUCUUGGUGCCAGAUACCACAGCACACCAUCAGAGGUCUUGAGUCAGUGUCUCAACGAGUCAAAGCUGUUUUGGUGACUGAGGGGGAUCUACACAAUAUUAAGCGGGUGGUUUUAAUGCUGUGGCUGAUUGAGGUACAUCAACUGGUCCCAUAUUUUGGAUCCAUUUGGCCUACCAUGCCACCAUUUUCUAAAUGAGACCUCAGUGUGUCUACACAUCAAAUACAUUAAAACAUCAUAGCCAGA